CUGGGGAUGUCAGUGACUCCAAGCAGUCCAAACGUGAUAGUAUGCCACCUGUGCAAUAAGUCCAUCCAUGAAAUUUCCUUACUACUAAACAUUUCCCAGUCAACUGUUAGUGGUAUUAUAACAAAGUGGAAGCAACUGGGAACAACAGCAACUGAGUCACAAAGUGGUAGGCCACAUAAAAUGACAGAGCGGGGUCAGCGCAUGCUGAAGCGCACAGUGUGCAGAAGUCACCAACUGUCUGCAGAGUCAAUAGCUAAAAACCUCCAAACUUCAUGUGGCCUUCAGAUUAGCACAGCAACAGUGCGUAGAGAGCUUCAUGGAAUGGGUUUCCAUGGCCGAGCAGCU